GGGUUGAGUAGAUGAGGUGAGGCGUGCUGUUCCUGGGCAGCGUUGGAGUAAUUUGGAGUUCUGUGAUGGUCUGCUGCUUCAAGACACCUCUGUCGACUGCCUGCAGUUUAGAAAAUGUUGCCCACCUGGAGCUGACCCACAGCAAACGGCAUUCAACCAGGACUGCUUGUGACAGCUGAAGCAGCGAGAGAGCGUCAGGGAGAGACAGCUGUAGCAAUGAAGAGAGAGACUAGAGGAAGAGGACAGCAGCCGGCAGCAACAGAUUUGUUGAAAAUCCGCUCUGCAUUUGAAUGGAAACCUGCUCGCCGCCACCACAAAAGAAGAGCCUCGGGUUAGACUCCACAACAAUUAAUUAGUGGUCCUGUUACUCACAGCAUCCUCCUUAAACCGUAUUAGUCCAUCUACAGCAGCAGCAUGAGAGGCUUGUUAACAAACUGGCCCCUGGGAUUUGCGCUCUGGAGUUGUGAAUGGCGGACUGGGUGGGAGGAGGGCUGGGGGGUGCAGUCAAACAGACUCAACCCUCCCCCUGUAGGAGCGCACACAGUGAAAGCGGAGUCCGAUGGGGCGGCAGCAGCGGUGUCGCUCACCUCACGCAUCUGGACGCGCAUAUGCAGCCCCGCUGCCUUCACGCCCGCCUUCAAACAUUUAAUGAGGAGUUUUGCCAAUAAAAGGGAGUCUUACCAAAACUAAAUGGACAGAAUGGAUGCUUCACAGCUGCUCUUUCUGCUGCUGCUCUCCGGAUGUCUGCCAGAAGUGUUAUUGGUGCAGAUGUGUGACGUGGUGAAUGAGAUCGAGCUGGAAAAGGAGCGCUGUGAGAAUAGCACCCUUGGGAACGUCACUUCAGGUUGCCAAGGCAUGUGGGAUAUCAUCGCCUGUUGGCCCUCGGCCAGUGUCGGAGAGGUGGUUACGAUAACCUGUCCCACUUAUUUCAGCUACUUCAGCGAUCAGCACAAAGGUAACCUCUCUAAAACCUGCACAGCAGACGGGUGGACCGAGAUGCAUCCAUUUGACAUCGCUGUGAACUGUGGAUAUAAUCUCAACGGCACUAACGAUGAUGGCAAGUUUUUCUGGCAAGUGAAGAUUGGCUACACCAUCGGCCACAGUGUUUCCCUCAUAUCGCUCACCACAGCCACUGUGAUCCUCUGCAUCUUCAGGAAGCUCCACUGCACAAGGAACUACAUCCACAUGCAUCUGUUCGUAUCGUUUAUCCUGAAGGCCAUCGCUGUGUUCAUCAAGGAUGUUGUCCUCUACGACGUCGGGGAGGUGGACAACUGCUCCUCAGGCUCUGUUGGCUGCAAAGUAGUGAUUGUGUUCUUCCAGUAUUGUAUUAUGGCCAGUUUUUUCUGGCUACUGGUGGAAGGCCUUUAUCUUCACGCAUUGUUGGCCGUCUCUUUCUUCUCCGAGAGGAAGUACUUCUGGGCUUACAUCCUGAUUGGCUGGGGAGGUCCGACAAUUUUCAUCACAGCUUGGAGCAUCGCUAAAGCCUAUUACGACGAUGUGGGGUGCUGGGAUAUAAUCGAGAACACUGAUAUGUUCUGGUGGAUCAUUAAAACCCCUAUUUUAGCAUCAAUCCUGAUGAACUUUAUUUUAUUCAUCUGCAUCAUACGAAUACUUCGCCAGAAGAUCAAUUGCCCGGAUAUUGGAAGAAAUGAGUCCAACCAGUACUCGAGAUUAGCAAAGUCGACGCUGCUUUUGAUUCCUCUGUUUGGGAUCAAUUUCAUCGUGUUUGCCUUCAUUCCAGAGCAAGUGAAGACUGAACUGCGGCUAGUUUUUGACUUGAUUCUGGGGUCUUUUCAGGGCUUUGUGGUUGCGGUCCUUUACUGCUUCCUCAAUGGAGAGGUCCAAGGAGAGAUCAAGAGGAAGUGGCGGAGGUGGCACCUGCAGAGAUACAUGAGCUCAGACACCAAAUACCAACAUCCAUCCAUUGGCAGCAGCAACAACUUCAGCACCCAGAUCACCAUGAUGACGCGGUGCAGCCCGAAAACACGCCGGGGAUCAUCUUCCUGCCACGACGACCUGUCUUGCAUAUGAUGGGCACCGCGAACUGUGAAACGAACAUACAUGCUGUACAAAACACUCUCAUGCAAAACGUUAAAAGACAUAAGAGUAUGUAAGCUCAAGAAUAAGAACUCCCUCAUUAACACAUGCACUUUUUUGAGGAUGUGCGAAUGGGAUGUGGACAAAGGAGAGCAAUGAGAGAGCAUCAGCUUAUAAGCAUUUGAAUGAGAACCGUUCACUUUUUUGUCUGUCAUGAUUCAUCGCACAAGUAUGGCUGAGAUGUGUGAAUCAUAUCAUUAUGGCUGAAUUGGUCAGUCAUACCCUGUGUGUGCUCAGACACUGGGCAAUACAAAAUGCCACAUAUUAAUGGGGUUAGGUGAGGGAUCCAGAUGUGAGCUGCACCAGCAGACCUGUAAUCUGAUGUAAUUAUGCACUGAUUAAAAAUCGCUCAGUGGUUUUCUGUAGCUCCAAAUGAACGAGGCUGGUGCAACGACGCAGCCAGAGGAGGGUAAGGAGCCGAUGUUGAAGAUGAAAUCUCAUUACUUAAACUGUUACUGUAUGUGCAGUCUGCUGUCACAGGCGGAGAAAAGUACCUGAAAUGCAUCAUGGGAAGUGUGUUUGAGUAGUGGUGCUGAAAGAUGUGUUUGAAGGCAACAGAAAAGAAUAUAAAAGAAGCAGUAAAAGUUUAAAGUGCAGCAUUUUGUUUUUCGUCUCUGUGCAGGAAGACAGAAAAAGAAAAUCUGGCUGUUAACCAGCAGCAAGCUUUAUUUGCAUAAAUGUCAAACGGAUUCAUACCGGCUGACCAGUGUGAUGCUGAUCCACAGUGAUGGGUUUGGAGAACAAAUGCCCUUCUCUGCACUAUCACUCUCACGAGAGACAAGUUGCCCUUUGCCUUCCCUUUUAUCAGUGCAGCCUUUCCUCUUGUUUUCUUUUUGUAGUCCAAGCUUGUGAUAGUGAUGUUUUUUACUGUUUAAGGCAGUUUUGCUCCAAUCACUGAUGAGAGGCUGGUUUUAGUGUUUUGAAUUAACACUUUCAAUCAAAUUUUUGCCGGCUGUCGACUUCUAAAGCGACUCUGGAAGGAAAUACCUUUAAGCAAUUCAAUCCUUGAAUGUUUACAUUUACUUACAAGGAGUCAUUUAACAUUGUACAGAGAAGUAUACAGUGUAAAGAAAAUGAAUUGCUUUGGAUUGUUGUAUCGUGAUUGUAUCGUGGUUACAUUAUUAGUAAUAUAUCACUGUGAUUGUUGUUUGUUCACAGUGUUGCAACAUGUGAGAUUUAAAGCCUCGCCAGGAACAUAA